CCACAUAUCUCACUACUCUCUCACUUCCCUCCUUAUCGCAUUCGCAAGACCAGAGACGCACCCUGACCUGCCUGACAGCCUCCCGGCGGCCGUGCCUCUGAUCGGUGCUCCUUCAGAGUUCAGAUCUUUUGCUUCUGGCUGCCGUGAUUGCCAUCCGUGAGCACGACUCGUCCUUGCUCGUGGUCGCUGCUCUCCUUCAGACCUUCUACUUCUAGUUGCUCUGCCUUGCCAUCGUGCUCUGGAAAAUGACUUAUGAGGAGGCUGUAGAUGUAAGGAAGUCAUCGAAAUGUCAUUGACGCACUAGGUUACUAUUUAUUGGUCAUGUUACACGCAGCUUUUGUAGCCAUGGAUCUUGAGCAAACUUCCAUUGUUGACUGAAUUCAAUCUUCUCCUUUUACUGGUGAAAAUUUGUUUUUGACAAAUCUCAGCAGCUAUUGCUCUGGAAGCUAAAGGGCCAGGAAAGAUGGAACAAAGAAGUAAAGAGCUUCUCCACUUAGAACACAAGAAUGCAUCGGUUUCUUCUUUAGAAUCUUCACUUUCUUUUUGUAAAAACGACUCAAGCUCUGUCACUAAGAAGCGUCCCUUUGAUGGAACGCCCCUCACAGCUCCAGUAGGCCCCAGUCACCUUUUAGGGAAAGUAAAAGACUUCCUAGGAGUGAUGUCAGAAGCCAAUCAACAGUUGGAGCUCGAUGCAAAGGAAAAUCCACAGAAUUAUGACAUAGAAGAGCUCACAGGAAAUGAAUCUGAAGUUAUUGAGAUGGAUCUAAUGCUUGGUGUUGCUGAUCUCCAUACACCGGAGGCUGUGGCUGCUGCAGAGUCUGCCAUUUCUGGUUCUCAGCCAAUGAUUCCAUUGGUUGCUGAUGCUAGUGAAACGGAUUCUGAUGAAGGUUCUUCUGACGAUUAUGAUGAUGAGGAUAACCAAAGUAGCCACGUUGAAGACAUUAAUGGCAGGGGAAAAAAUGAUUCAAAAACAUGUUCCAUUGGUGAAAAACCAAUUUCUAGGGAAGAUAAUAUCAUCAGCAAACAAAAGAGAAAUCAGCAUUCUAAAAAACGCCCAAAGAUAGUUGAGCUUUCCUAGUUAUCAAGAUUGGAGAGUUGUGGGAAUUUGAUGUAUGAGAUUUUUAUCAAAUAUGAAUACCAAUUUCCUCAAAUGGUUGCAACCGGAGUCUUGAACAUUAUUAAUGGAACUCUCGGUAUGCAGAAAUUUUUGGUGAAGGUCAGUCACAUUUGCGCGUGUCUGUGUAAGAUAUAUAUAUAUAUAUAUAUAUGAGUCUUGUAUUUAGUUUUACGAGGAAAA